UAUUCAUGAGCUAGGUCUCAGCCGUAGAAGCGUCACUUGUCCUGCACAACUCACUACAACACGUUUACCCGAGUAACUUUUAUUUAUUUAUUUUAAAUAUUAUAACUAUUAAAAAACGCACUUGUACUGCUCUACCAACCUCUUAAAUGCGUGUGAAAAGAUGUUGAACCCUUCUUCAAACGCAGAGUCUUCUCAUGCUGUGGUGAACUAUGUUGAGGAGUAUCUGGAGCUGGUCGAGUCUUUGCCGCAGGACCUACAGAGAUGCGUGUCUCUCAUGAAGGAGAUCGACGCCAGAUAUCAAGAGAUCCUCAGUGAACUGGACGAGGCUUAUGAAAAGCACAGACAAGAAUCAGAUCCUGUGCAGAGGCGGCGUCUGCUUCACUGCAUCCAGCGCUCUUUGAUCCGCACAGAAGAACUCGGAGAUGAAAAGAUCCAGAUCGCAGGCCAAAUGGUGGAAAUGGUGGAGAAUCGCAGUCGGCAGCUCGAGUGGCAGAGUGAGCUUUUCCAGGCCUGCCAGGACUCGCCGGAGAGCACCGUGUCGGUGGGCAGCACCCCCAGUGCCAUGACAACCGUAACUAUGACACCGGUUUCUGCUUCGAUGCUCUCGGUCAGUAAACCAAGUGUGGAUCGGAGACGAGAAGAGACCCCGACUUCAGUAGACAAAUCUGGUGGAAAGCGUUCACGAAGGCAGAAAAAUGGUUCGGAGAACCGGGAAAACUCCAAUUAUGGCAUGGAGCACAAUGAGGAGGUUGGCUCAGGCGUGCCAAAAGAAAAGAAGGCCAAGACCUCAUCCACGUCAUCGAAGAAGAAGAAGAGGUCGAAAAGCAAGCAGGACAGGGAGCCGUCGCCAACAGACCUGCCUAUCGAUCCCAAUGAACCCACUUAUUGCCUGUGCGAGCAAGUGUCUUAUGGAGAGAUGAUAGGUUGUGAUAAUGAUGAAUGCACUAUUGAGUGGUUUCACUUCUCAUGUGUCGGCCUGCACCAUAAGCCCAAAGGAAAAUGGUACUGUCCGAAGUGCAGAGGAGACAAUGAGAAGACAAUGGACAAAGCAUUAGAGAGGUCUAAGAAAGAGCGAGCGUACAACAGGUAGUGUCAGGUGUAGCUGGUUGCCGUUGUUCUGUUCAGGACUUUAGUAUCCAGUUUUGAGAGAGGCCAGGGUCUGUGAUGUUGUUACAGACUAGAGUUGGUCAUUUGUUAGUAGCUAUAUCUUUUAGGGAUAUAUAGGGUUCACUUAUCAGCUGCUUAGUUAUCAAUGUUAAUCUACAGCAUUGGAAGUAUUCUGUUCAUCCAACUACAUCAGUUAUCAAACUAUCAGUUUUGUAUUUAUGCCUUGCAUAACUGUACAUAUGUUCAUGUAAAAUAAACCAUGCUUAAUGCGGAGUUGUCUCAUGCUUACAAAAUUUUUUUUUACACAAAAUGAAACAUA